AUGAAACUCAUGCGCGGCGAUAUGGGCGGAGCGGCGGCCGUUGUUUCGGCUGCAUGGGCUGUGGCGAAAUUGCAGUUGCCGAUCAAUCUUGUGGUGUGCACGCCACUUACGGAGAAUAUGCCUGGUUUUGGUGCUGUGAAACCGGGGGAUAUCAUCUACGCCAUGAAUGGUAAAUCCAUCAAAGUGUAUAAUACAGAUGCUGAGGGACGUUUAAUUCUAUCUGAUGCCAUCUAUUACACUGCAACAGAGUACAAACCACACACCUUGAUUGAUGUCGCUACUCUGACAGGGGCUAUGGUUAUCGCGCUCGGAGAGGUAUAUUCCGGUGUAUUCUCGACCUCGGACGAACUCUGGGAGCGACUUCACGCAGCCGGCGAGGCCGAGUACGACAGAUUCUGGCGCAUGCGGCUUGACGACGACUUUUUGCCCCAGAUUACCUCAAGUAACGCUGAUUUACAGAAUACAGGAGGAAGGCCGGCAGGCUCGAUAACAGCCGCCAUGUUCCUGAAAGCUUUCGCAGAAGGUGCCGAGGCAAAGGACGGUCAAGAACACACCAUGAAGUGGGCGCACAUCGAUAUCGCAGGUAGUAUGGAGGCCACUAGAUCAUCACCGUAUCAGGAGAGAGGGAUGACGGGUCGACCGGUUCGGGCCCUGGUCGAAUAUGUUAGCCGCCUUGCUAAUACAUAG